AUGAAGAAAUUUGUCAUCAGAGAGAGUGCUGAACUCAUUUCAGACCCUAUUAUGUUGGGAGGUCAAGAUCAACGUAUCUUUAACCAUGCUGACUUGCCCGUGGUGAAAGAUGAGUUGUCUGUGACAUUACGACUGAAACUUCAUAGUCAUACUUCCGUUUCUACUAUUUUUCACAAAGGUACUGGAGAUUUAGUUCGUACUCCUGGGCUUUGGUUAGUAAGAGAGCAGCCAUUAUUGUAUGCUCGUUUCACAGGAAACUGGAAUAGUAACACAGGGAUUGAUAGGCUCGGCCCCGCACUUUUGUUAAACAAAUGGUAUCACAUAACUUAUACACUUUCUGAUCCUGAAAAAAGAUUAGAUGUCUACAUAGACGGUGAGUGGACCGGGUACUAUAGCAUCCAGCACGUUAAAACGCAAAAGGUUAUCUUCAAUGAUGGACCGCUGUAUAUUGGGCGUGCUUUUCUCUGGAAUGGGAUUAAUGGAGAAAUUAGCAAUUUUCGUUAUUUCAACUGGCGCUUAUCUGCUGAAGAAUUAAAGAAAGAUUUUCUCAAAAGGCCAAUUGCAAAAGGAUCAAAAAUUGCUCUUGUUCAUGUGCCUACUAGAAAAUAUUUGUCUAGUAAAGGUGUCAUAUACCCGACUUAUAAUCAAUGGAUGGUUGUUUGUAAUGGUCAGGAAAUAGAUUUGAAAAAUGAUGUUUGGACUGUUAUUGAAGCUCAUGAUGCAAGAGAAAGUGUAGGAGGUCUUGUGUACUUUAAUACCAUUAUUGGAUUUAAGCAUCAAGCGACAGGAAACAAUUUACAUUCUCACAUUAAACAUCAUGGGGUAACACCAAAAUCAAAGCAUCAGCAAGUGACCCUCUAUGGGGGUGUAAAUUUUGAUGAUGAUUGGCUUAUUCGACGUUAUAGUCCAACCGCUUCUUAUGAUGACUCAGGUAGUUUAAGUCAUGGCGAUAUCAUCAGUCUUUUCCAUGCCCGUGCCAUGGGUGAUAAACGUAAACUAGCACUAUACAGUCAUGACAUCUUACUAGAUGAUGGAACCCAAGAAGUUGCUUGUUAUGGAAAUGGAAGUGAUGAAAAUAAUAAGUGGCGUAUUGAAUUAGUUGACUGA